UUCUCUCAAAUCAGGACCUUAUGUACCAAUCAGACAGGCCUAACUACCCCCUCGUCAGAACACUACUGAACUCUUUACAGCAAGACCUGCGGCUCUUCAUAGAUCCACCUGAUGGCACUAAAGAGCGUCCGGCGACCACCUGCUUGGAGUUGAUGAUAUGUCACCCGAACUACACCAAUGGAAUGUAUUAUAUCGAUCCAAACCAAGGCAAUCCUGCCGAUGCACUUCUCGUCUACUGCAGCUUCAAUUUAGGAGGUCAGACGUGUCUUUCUCCACUCCGGUCACAGGUCCCGGUGAAAGCCUGGCUAAAAGACUCACAGGAGGAUUCUUUCACUUGGCUGAGUAGGACAGAGCAAGGCUUUCAGUUUGAGUAUACAGAAACCAGUGUGGUGCAGAUGAGGUUCCUGCGGCUAAACAGCAAGCAGGUCACACAGAAUAUUACUUUCUCCUGCGGGCAAGGAAGCAGGCAGGGUUCAGGCGAGCGAGAAAUCAAAUUUCUUGCAGAUUCUCGGAGACAGAGUUUCUUGGGAACGUUACGAGAUUGCGUGUCAAUGGAGGAGCUGGAUACAAGACCUCAAGAGUCGGUGUUCCAGUUUGAAACCGAAGACCUGGAGCUGUUGCCGAUCCGAGACUUGGCAUUGUUUGGCCACAGUGACCUUGCAGAAGACUUUGGAUUUACUAUAGGACCUGUGUGUUUCAGCUAGGAACUUCCAGAAGACACACAAACACACUCACACACACACACACACGUUCCCUACAGACUGCUGACUGCUGAGCUGGUGUUAAUUGGUUCCUUAUUAAACACAGCCGCAUUUGCAGACAAUAGUAGAGAAGCAUUUCUUCAAGACCUAGCCAUAAUGGACGCCGUUGUUGUUGUUGUUUUCUCAGCAAAAAAGAAAAACGAACCAGCGGACACUUUCCACUUUCUUUUACCUUCUAGUUUACCAGGGUUGCCCAGUGGCAAUGAUACUUUGCUGCACACAUUGUUGAAAUGAACGUUAUGUUUUUGUUGUAUGGUGUUUACAAUGCUCUUUGUCUGAAAUCAGUGCUUCUUAUUUAUGUCAAGUUCAUGUUCUAGUACAUGCCAUCGUCCAGGUUUCUUGUAAAGCUGUUGAUACUGUACAAUCACCUGGUUUGCUCGAAGAUGCACUCUCAUUUCAGGUUCACACAACUUAUGACCAAACGCACUGUGAUCUUAGCUGAAGUUUCAGACGUAGGAUGGAAGGCUGACAUCCAAAUGAAUCAAAUAUAUGACACGAAUUCUGUCGCAUUGCGUAUUGUGUCGUAGCAAACGAAUAAAGGGGAUGAACAUGUUGGGUUUACAGUAUGAAUAGUAAAUAUUGCAGAGGUAAACGUAUAAACAGUCAUGUCAGAUCAUGUCAAAUUUCUUUUGGGUGCUGCUGUCUGAUGUGCUUUUUGUUCAGGUCCUUUUUUUAAAAAAAAAAAAUUUAUUAGAUAUGU